AUGGAUUUUGUGACCGGAUUGCCGCCAGUACUUCAUGGGCAGAAUCCUAUCUGGAUGAUCGUGGACAGGUUGAUGAAAUUUGUUUACUUCUUACCAAUGAAGCUGCUGUCCUCCAAGCUGCUGCACAGCAGCUCUAGUGUUCGCAGAGGAGAGUUGGCUCGGCUGUCGCUACUGCUGGAGGUGCAGGCAGAGGGGUUGCUGCUGUAUGGUCGGAUGGUAGACUGGCCGUGGGAGAUUUGCUUGGCUAGAGCUGCAACCGGAAGGCAGAGGAAGGUUGAAGAAGGAAAGAGAAGCUGCAAGGGGCAAAUUGAAUCUAUAGGAUUGCGCUUUUCAUCACUAAGAUCGUCCUCCAAGGAAAUGUUGAGCCGCAGGUUCUUUGGUUUACGAGAAAAUGCUGAAACAGUUGUGAUAAAAUCCAUCAACUUUGACUCGGACGACAAGGAGACUGCUACUUUGAGAAAGAAUAGCUUCAAGAAAGAUGAUUUAGACGACAGUGGCGAAGUCGACCGCACCGACAAAGUGAUUAUCGAAGAAUCGAUCCGCUUCAAAAAGUGCCAAUUGAAAGAUGUUAAGCUCAAAACAACUGUUUCAUUUAAGAACAUCACAAUAGUUUCCAAAGAGGAAAAUUUGGAUUCUUUACCCGAACCGGCUGUUCGGCUUUCUCCAAGACCCAUUACUGAACUUGAUGCAGCAGCAGUGAAGCUGCAGAAAGUUUACAAGGGUUACCGAACCCGGCGAAGCCUUGCAGAUUGCGCUGUUGUUAUAGAGGAGCUCUGGUGGAAGGCUUUAGACUUUGCAGCUCUUAAGCGCAGCCCGUUCUUCCAUAUCGAAAAACCGGAAACUGCAGUUUCCCGAUGGGCGAGGGCUCGGAUUAUGGUAGCUAAGGUUGGAAAAGGGUUGUCCAAGGAUGAGAAGGCUCAGCAGCUUGCACUGAAACACUGGCUUGAAGCUAUCGAUCCUCGGCAUCGUUACGGGUAUAAUCUGCACUUUUAUUACGAAGUGUGGCUUCACAGUGAGAGCUCCCAACCUUUCUUUUACUGGCUGGACAUCGGAGAUGGUAAAGAAGUAAACCUUGAAGAGAAGUGUUGUAGGUCUGAUCUUCAGCGUCAGUGCAUCAGAUAUCUAGGGCCAAAAGAAAGGGAGGCGUACGAGGUAAUAGUGGGUCAGGGUGGGAAACUGGUAUACAGACAAGGUGGGGGAGCGGUGCACACGGUAGAGGAGGAGGGUUCGAAGUGGAUGUUCGUGCUGGGGACCUCCAGAAACUUAUACGUUGGAGAGAAGAAGAAAGGUCUUUUUCACCAUUCUAGUUUCCUUGCCGGUGGCGCUGCCACUGCUGCCGGAAGACUUGUUGUCCUUCAAGGUGUUUUGGAGGCUAUAUGGCCAUACAGUGGCCAUUAUCGUCCCACAGAAGAGAAUUUCAUGGAGGUUAUCAGCUUCUUAGAGGAUCACCAUUUAGACUUGACCAAUGUCAAGAGAUUUGCGGUGGAUGAUGAUGACCCAACAAAGAUACGAAAGGCAAAGUCUCAAAGGCCUUUCCCAGCCAAUGCGCCAUCCAUUACUACAAACAAUAUCAAUGAAGCAUCAGCAGAUGAUAAUACCCACGGGCCGCCCACUGAUCAGGAAACAACCACCAUUAGUACUGCGGCCAGCACUACUACCGUAGGGAAGAAGGAGGAAGAAAAUAAACCAGCCGGAGGGGUAUUCGGAAGCAGGAAAUGCCAGUUGCAGUACGGCCGGGGAUGGACAACCGGCGCCGGAUGGCGUAUAAAGUGUGUGAGGGAAUACCCAGCAGUGCUGCAAGCUCAGGCACUCGAGCAACUGAAUCUGUCACCCAGGCUGGCGGUCAGUGCUCAUCAUCAACAACUGCAGGGCUUGCAGGGAGCUCCCAUUCCUUCUCCUAGACCAAUUAGUCCUUACAAGGUCCUUUUAUCACCUAGGCUUGCAUGCUUUGAUGCAUAUGGGAUUCCCUAGGUAGCUACGUACUCCAUGCAUGUGCAUUCAUGCCUGCUUUCUAAUUUCUACGUAGGUGCUUCUAAUUACUACACUGCUACAGGACCAUUAAUCAAUUCACCUAAUUAAUGAUGUAUGAGCAUUUAGUCUGGGACUAGCUGGCAUACAAUUUCGUUAGGGCAAUUUUUGUGCCCCUAAUAAGGGUUUUAUUUUUUUAAUUUUCUGUUAAUUAUACCCAUGAGGUCGAUCUUACAUGAAAUAAUGAAAUGGAGGGACUGACUAGACAAUUAGCACCAAUUGUUAUACUAUUUAGGGUUUUUGUUUUCAGGUGGGGGUUCAGUUUGAUGUUACAGCAGAAACUCUCAUUCUUCCCUCAGGUUUUUAAUAGUUUUGGUUGUGCAAGAGCUGCUAUAUCUUCUUGUAAUCAAAUAUGUUGCAAUAUUCUUAGAAUUCCUAAUGAUAAUAAUUGCAUUAAGCAAUUAAGCUUGCAA